AUGAAGCGAACGUGCGCCAAGGCCAAAGCCGGAUCCGUAUUCCAAUGCGCGGACGCUCCAGGUUUCGACAACUUCCGGGUGGAAGCAAAGGAUGCGGUUGAAAAGGCCCUUGCUCCGGGGUUUGCGCUACCCAACGUGAACAGCAGUCAGCAGCACGCACGUCGAGGAAUCGCUAUGGUGGUUUACCCCAAGCUGGUUGCUAGCGCCUACGCUACCAUUCGAACUCUUCGAGAUGUGUUGGGGUGUCGACUACCGAUUGAGAUUUGGUUUCGACCCGAUGAAAUGCGUAAGUCCCCUGAGGGCCUCGAGCCGCUGACGAGUCUGAGCCGGAGCGAUACUGGUGAAGGAUUGACGUUCCGGGAGAUCAACGACACCAAGGCUAUUCGCUUCAACACCAAGAUCUACGCCAUCUACCACAGCACGUUUGAUAAACUGCUGUUCCUAGACGCGGACAACGUGCCAGUCAAAGACCCCACGUACCUCUUUGAGACGCCGGAAUUUGUCAAGACCGGGACGGUGUUCUGGCCAGACUAUUGGCACCCUGGCAACACCAUCUUCUACUUAAACGCGGACUCGUUGGUCUGGCAGCUGCUGGAUAUGCCGUUCGUCGACAUGUUCGAGCAAGAAAGCGGCCAAAUUCUGGUGGAUAGAAGACGCCACGCUGCACCGCUGGAGCUGGUCAAAUUCUACGGUUUCCAUGAGCCCAACUACGUCAAUCGCAUGAAGCUCGCGUGGGGUGACAAGGAUCUGUUCCGGUUUGCGUGGCUGAAGCUGAACAUUCCCUUCCACAUGAUCCAGACGCCUCCGUCUGUUGCUGGGAGAAUGUUCGGGGAGUCGUUCUGUGGCAUGACCAUGGCGCAACACGACGCGGGCGGUGAAGUUCUGUUCAUGCAUCGGAACCAGAUGAAGCUGACGGGUACAGUCAGACCCGACCUCUCUGAUGAGCUGAAGAACAGUGCGGACGAGUACCCAGACCCUGCGAUGUGGUCAACGCUGGUGUCGUUCCGUGAUAAAUCUGCACGUUCGGACUACGUGAUUCAGGCGCACACGGAUCAUCGAUUCUCGAAGGAACGGCGCUGCUUCGGCCGGCAAUUUCUGGACAAAAGCGCUCACUUUUACUCUCGCGCUGUUGAGGAUUUAAGCUUCGCCGGGAUCGAGACACAUCUGAGAAGGUUUGCCAUGGAAGCAGCGAACCACUUCGGUAUCAGUAGUUAG